GCCGCGGGCCCGCACCACUCGGCCGCCACAAUGUGCGACUGCUUCCACAUGGUGCUGCCCACCUGGCCCGGAGCCCCCGGCAGCGUGUCCGGCCGCCAGCUGCAGCCCGGAUUGCCAGACACGGACCCGGAGGAGGACCCCUCUGUGACCGAGGGGCCCGCGGACGAGACCAUUCGGCCUCGGCCACAGGGGUCCUCGCCCGUCUACGAGUGCGUGACGGAGGAGUUCGGACGCCCGGAAGACACACCCAGCAGGCGAGCCUCCUCGGGGCGACGGCGGUCCUGGUGGAAGCGGGAUUCCGGGGACUCCCGGACAUUUUCCAAGAUGAGUCGUGCAGAGGAGGCGACGGAGGUGACGCUGAAGACGGAGGCAGAGGCUGGAGUCAGCGGCUACAGCGUCACGGGCGGCGGGGACCAGGGCAUCUUUGUGAAGCAGGUGCUGCAGGGCUCCUCGGCCGCCAGGCUCUUCAGCCUGAGAGAAGGGGACCAGCUGCUCAGCGCCACCAUCUUCUUCGACAACAUCAGCUAUGAGGAUGCGCUCAAAAUCCUCCAGUACUCGGAGCCGUACAAGGUCCAGCUCAGGAUCAAGCGGCAACUUCCCGCCGGUGGGGACGGCGAGCGGGCUCACGGCGCCGCUCAGGAUGCCCCGGAGCGCACAGAGAAGCAGGACGUGGGCGUGGCCUACGGGAGCACGGACACCCCUGUGCGGACGCUGGACGCAGACGGAGACCAGGAGAGACUCAUCUCCCGGCCCAGAGAGGGCCGAGGCCGGCGUCCCCGGGGGGACAGGCUCUCUUGGCCCAAGUUCCAAGCCAUGAAGACCAAGCGAGGGCCGCGGAGGUCACGCAGCUCCUCGGAGGCCUGUGAGAGGGGCCAGGCCCCGGAUGCAUCCCCCACGAGCUCAGACGCGGAGGCCCAGUUCCUGGCAGAGGAGCCGGAGCCCCGCUCAGGGCCCGGCGGCCCGCGGAGGAGGAGGCUCCUGAACCUGCAGUUCAAGAAGGACCCAGAGGGGAGCGAUGGAGAAGAUACCAGAGCAUUCAGAAAAGGCCGAAAAAAAACGACUGGAAAGGAACCACAAGAAACACAGAAGGGUGACAUGGGACGUCGGGACACAGAGUGGGUAGCCCGGGACAGCAGGUUCAAGAUGCCGAAGUUCAAGAUGCCAUCCUUCAGCGUGUCGGGGCCCGGCAAGGAUCUGGGCACAUCCGUGGACGUGACCGUGCCCAAGGCCACGGGGGAGGUGAGCCUGCCCUCCAUGGGCGUCGACCUGCGGGCCCCAGAGGGCGGCGUCCAGCUGCCCUCGGCUGAGGUCCAGCUGCCAGGGGCAGAGGUGGAGGUGGCCCUGCCCGAGGGCGACGUGGCCCUGGGCGAGCUCAAGGGCAAAGCAGACGGCGCCAGGUUCAAGGGCCACCUGCCCAAGAUGCAGAUGCCCAGCAUCAAGAUGCCCAAGGUGGACAUCAAGGGCCCCCAGGUGGACAUCAAGGGCCCCCAGCCAGGCCCCGAGGUGGACGAGGCCCUGCCCAGCGUGGAGGUGGACGUGCAGGUGCCCGGCGCCAGGCUGGAGGGUGACCUCGGCCUGGGCGACAAGGAGGGGGCCAGCAAGUUCAAGAUGCCCAAGUUCAAGAUGCCGUCCUUCGGAGUGUCAGCCUCCGGCAGGCCCGUAGAGGCUUCGUUGGACGUGGCCCUGCCUUCCGUGCAGGCCGAGGUGAAGACCAGUGACAUCAGCGAGGAGCUGCCCUCCGCCGACGUGGACGUGAAGACGGGUAAGCUGGGCGUGAGGCUGCCCGAGGGCCACGUGCCCAAGGUGCACAUGCCCAGCAUCAAGAUGCCCAAAGUAGACUUCAAGGGCCCUCAGGUGGACAUCAAGGGGCCCAAGCUGGACGUGAAGACCCCCAAGGGCCAGGUGACCGGCCCCGAAGUGGACGUGGCCCUGCCCAGCGUGGAGGUGGACGUGCAGGCGCCCGGCGCCAGGCUGGAGGGUGACCUCGGGCUGGGCGACAAGGAGGGGGCCAGCAAGUUCAAGAUGCCCAAGUUCAAGAUGCCAUCCUUCGGCGUGUCGGGGCCCGGCAAGGACCUGGGCACAUCCGUGGACGUGACUGUGCCCAAGGCCACGGGGGAGGUGAGCCUGCCCUCCGUGGGCGUCGACCUGCGGGCCCCAGAGGGCGGCGUCCAGCUGCCAUCGGCUGAGGUCCAGCUGCCAGGGGCAGAGGUGGAGGUGGCCCUGCCCGAGGGCGACGUGGCCCUGGGCGAGCUCAAGGGCAAAGCAGAUGGAGCCAGGUUCAAGGGCCACCUGCCCAAGAUGCAGAUGCCCAGCAUCAAGAUGCCCAAGGUGGACAUCAAGGGCCCCCAGGUGGACAUCAAGGGCCCCCAUGUGGACCUCAAGGGCCCCAAGCUCGACGUGAAGACCCCCAAGGGCCAGGUGACCAGCCCCGAGGUGGACGUGGCCCUGCCCUCCGUGCAGGCCGAGGUGAAGACCAGUGACAUCAGCGUGGAGCUGCCCUCCGCCGACGUGGACGUGAAGACGGGUGAGCUGGGCGUGAGGCUGCCCGAGGGCCACCUGCCCAAGGUGCAGAUGCCCAGCGUCAAGAUGCCCAGCAUCAAGAUGCCCAAAGUGGACAUCAAGGGCCCCCAGGUGGACCUCAAGGGGCCCAAGAUGGAUGUGAAGACCCCCAAGGGCCAGGUGACCGGCCCCGAGGUGGACAUGGCCCUGCCCAGCGUGGAGGUGGACGUGCAGGCGCCCGGCGCCAGGCUGGAGGGUGACCUCGGGCUGGGUGACAAGGAGGGGGCCAGCAAGUUCAAGAUGCCCAAGUUCAAGAUGCGGUCCUUCGGCGUGUCGGGGCCCGGCAAGGAUCUGGGCACAUCCGUGGACGUGACUGUGCCCAAGGCCACGGGGGAGGUGAGCCUGCCCUCCGUGGGCGUCGAUCUGCGAGCCCCAGAGGGCGGCGUCCAGCUGCCAUCGGCUGAGGUCCAGCUUGCCAGGGCAGAGGUGGAGGUGGCCCUGCCCGAGGGCGACGUGGCCCUGGGCGAGCUCAAGGGCAAAGCAGACGGCGCCAGGUUCAAGGGCCACCUGCCCAAGAUGCAGAUGCCCAGCAUCAAGAUGCCCAAGGUGGACAUCAAGGGCCCCCAGGUGGACAUCAAGGGCCCCCAGGUGGACCUCAAGGGGCCCAAGAUGGAUGUGAAGACCCCCAAGGGCCAGGUGACCGGCCCCGAGGUGGACGUGGCCCUGCCCAGCGUGGAGGUGGACGUGCAGGCGCCCGGCGCCAGGCUGGAGGGUGACCUCGGGCUGGGUGACAAGGAGGGGGCCAGCAAGUUCAAGAUGCCCAAGUUCAAGAUGCGGUCCUUCGGCGUGUCGGGGCCCGGCAAGGAUCUGGGCACAUCCGUGGACGUGACUGUGCCCAAGGCCACGGGGGAGGUGAGCCUGCCCUCCGUGGGCGUCGAUCUGCGAGCCCCAGAGGGCGGCGUCCAGCUGCCAUCGGCUGAGGUCCAGCUGCCAGGGGCAGAGGUGGAGGUGGCCCUGCCCGAGGGCGACGUGGCCCUGGGCGAGCUCAAGGGCAAAGCAGACGGCGCCAGGUUCAAGGGCCACCUGCCGAAGAUGCAGAUGCCCAGCGUGGACAUCAAGGGCCCCCAGGUGGACAUCAAGGGCCCCCAGGUGGACCUCAAGGGGCCCAAGAUGGAUGUGAAGACCCCCAAGGGCCAGGUGACCGGCCCCGAGGUGGACGUGGCCCUGCCCACCGUGGAGGUGGACGUGCAGGCGCCCGGGGCCAGGCUGGAGGGGGACCUCGGCCUAGGUGACAAGGAGGGGGCCAGCAAGUUCAAGAUGCCCAAGUUCAAGAUGCCGUCCUUCGGAGUGUCAGCCUCCGGCAGGCCCGUGGAGGCUUCGGUGGACGUGGCCCUGCCUUCCGUGCAGGCCGAGGUGAAGACCAGUGACAUCAGCGUGGAGCUGCCCUCCGCCAACGUGGACGUGAAGGCGGGUGAGCUGGGCGAGAGGCUGCCCGAGGGCCACCUGCCCAAGGUGCAGAUGCCCAGCGUCAAGAUGCCCAAGGUGGACAUCAGGGGCCCCCAGGUGGACAUCAAGGGCCCCAAGCUCGACGUGAAGACCCCCAAGGGCCUGGUGACCAGCCCCGAGGUGGACGUGGCCCUGCCCAGCGUGGAGGUGGACGUGCAGGCGCCCGGCGCCAGGCUGCAGGGUGACCGGCUGGGCGACAAGGAGGAGGCCAGCAAGUUCAAGAUGCCCAAGUUCAAGAUGCCAUCCUUCGGCGUGUCGGGGCCCGGCAAGGAUCUGGGCACAUCCGUGGACGUGACUUGCCCUAAGGCCACGGGGGAGGUGAGCCUGCCCUCCGUGGGCAUCAACCUGCAGGCCCCAGACAGCGGCGUCCAGCUGCCCUCGGCUGAGGUCCAGCUGCCAGGGGCAGAGGUGGAGGUGGCCCUGCCCGAGGGCGACGUGGCCCUGGGCGAGCUCAAGGGGAAAGCAGACGGCGCCGGGUUCAAGGGCCACCUGCCCAAGAUGCAGAUGCCCAGCAUCAAGAUGCCCAAGGUGGACAUCAAGCCCCAGGUAGACCUCAAGGGCCCCCAUGUAGACCUCAAGGGCCCCAAGCUCGACGUGAAGACCCCCAAGGCCAUGGUGACCAGCCCCGAGGUGGACGUGGCCCUGCCCAGCGUGGAGGUGGACGUGCAGGCGCCCGGCGCCAGGCUGGAGGGUGACCUCGGGCUGGGCGACAAGAGGGGGCCAGCAAUGUUCAAGAUGCCCAAGUUCAAGAUGCCGUCCUUCAGCGUGUCAGGCCCCGGCAAGGAUCUGGGCACAUCCGUGGACGUGACUGUGCCCAAGGCCACGGGGGAGGUGAGCCUGCCCUCCGUGGGCGUCGACCUGCGGGCCCCAGAGGGUGGCGUCCAGCUGCCCUCGGCUGAGGUCCAGCUGCCAGGGGCAGAGGUGGAGGUGGCCCUGCCCGAGGGCGACGUGGCCCUGGGCGAGCUCAAGGGCAAAGCAGAUGGCGCCAGGUUCAAGGGCCACCUGCCCAAGAUGCAGAUGCCCAGCAUCAAGAUGCCCAAGGUGGACAUCAAGGGCCCCCAGGUGGACAUCAAGGGCCCUCAGGUGGACCUCAAGGGGCCCCAGGGCCAGGUGACCAGCCCCGAGGUGGACGUGGCCCUGCCCAGCGAGGAGGUGGACGUGCAGGCGCCCGGCGCCAGGCUGGAGGCGGACCUCGGCCUGGGUGACAAGGAGGGGGCCAGCAAGUUCAAGAUGCCCAAGUUCAAGAUGCCGUCCUUCGGCGUGUCAGCCCCCGGCAAGCCCGUGGAGGCUUCAGUGGACGUGGCCCUGCCUUCCGUGCAGGCCGAGGUGAAGACCAGUGACAUCAGCGUGGAGCUGCCCUCCGCCGACGUGGACGUGAAGACGGGUGAGCUGGGCGUGAGGCUGCCCGAGGGCCACCUGCCCAAGGUGCACAUGCCCAGCAUCAAGAUGCCCAAAGUGGACUUCAAGGGCCCUCAGGUGGACAUCAAGGGGCCCAAGAUGGACGUGAAGACCCCCAAGGGCCAGGUGACCGGCCCCGAGGUGGACGUGGCCCUGCCCAGCGUGGAGGUGGACGUGCAGGCGCCCGGCGCCAGGCUGCAGGGGGACCUCGGCCUGGGUGACAAGGAGGAGGCCAGCAAGUUCAAGAUGCCCAAGUUCAAGAUGCCGUCCUUCGGCGUGUCAGCCCCCGGCAAGGAUCUGGGCACAUCCGUGGACGUGACUGUGCCCAAGGCCACGGGGGAGGUGAGCCUGCCCUCCGUGGGCGUCGACCUGCGGGCCCCAGAGGGUGGCGUCCAGCUGCCCUCGGCUGAGGUCCAGCUGCCAGGGGCAGAGGUGGAGGUGGCCCUGCCCGAGGGCGACGUGGCCCUGGGCGAGCUCAAGGGCAAAGCAGAUGGCGCCAGGUUCAAGGGCCACCUGCCCAAGAUGCAGAUGCCCAGCAUCAAGAUGCCCAAGGUGGACAUCAAGGGCCCCCAGGUGGACAUCAAGGGCCCUCAGGUGGACCUCAAGGGGCCCCAGGUGGACUUCAAGGGGCCCAAGAUGCAUGUGAAGACCCCCAAGGGCCAGGUGACCAGCCCCGAGGUGGACGUGGCCCUGCCCAGCGAGGAGGUGGACGUGCAGGCGCCCGGCGCCAGGCUGGAGGCGGACCUCGGCCUGGGUGACAAGGAGGGGGCCAGCAAGUUCAAGAUGCCCAAGUUCAAGAUGCCGUCCUUCGGCGUGUCAGCCCCCGGCAAGCCCGCCGAGGUGAAGACCAGUGACAUCAGCGUGGAGCUGCCCUCCGCCGACGUGGACGUGAAGACGGGUGAGCUGGGCGUGAGGCUGCCCGAGGGCCACCUGCCCAAGGUGCACAUGCCCAGCGUCAAGAUGCCCAGCAUCAAGAUGCCCAAAGUGGACUUCAAGGGCCCCCAGGUGGACAUCAGGGGCCCCCAGGUGGACAUCAAGGGCCCCCAGGUGGACCUCAAGAGCCCGAAGCUCGACGUGAAGACCCACAAGGGCCAGGUGACCAGCCCCGAGGUGGACAUGGCCCUGCCCAGCGUGGAGGUGGACAUGCAGGCGCCCGGCGCCAGGCUGGAGGGUGACCUCGGGCUGGGCGACAAGGAGGGGGCCAGCAAGUUCAAGAUGCCCAAGUUCAAGAUGCCAUCCUUCGGCGUGUCGGUGCCCGGCAAGGAUCUGGGCACAUCCGUGGACGUGACUGUGCCCAAGGCCACGGGGGAGGUGAGCCUGCCCUCCCUGGGCAUCGACCUGCGGGCCCCAGAGGGCGGCGUCCAGCUGCCAUCAGCUGAGGUCCAGCUGCCAGGGGCAGAGGUGGAGGUGGCCCUGCCCGAGGGCGACGUGGCCCUGGGCGAGCUCAAGGGCAAAGCAGAUGGCGCCAGGUUCAAGGGCCACCUGCCCAAGAUGCAGAUGCCCAGCAUCAAGAUGCCCCAGGUGGACAUCAAGGGCCCCCAGGUGGACCUCAAGGGGCCCCAGGUGGACCUCAAGGGGCCCAAGCUCGACGUGAAGACCCCCAAGGACCUGGUGACCGGCCCCGAGGUGGACCUGGCCGUGCCCUCCGUGCAGGCCGAGGUGAAGACCACUUACAUCAGCGUGGAGCUGCCCUCCACCGACGUGGACGUGAAGACGGGUGAGCUGGGCGUGAGGCUGCCCGAGGGCCAACUGCCCAAGGUGCAGAUGCCCAGCGUCAAGAUGCCCAGCAUCAAGAUGCCCAAGGUGGACAUCAAGGGCCCCCAGGUAGACUUCAAGGGCCCCCAUGUAGACCUCAAGGGCCCCAAGCACGACGUGAAGACCCCCAAGGGCCAGGCGCCUGGCGCCAGGCUGGAGGGUGACCUCGGGCUGGGCGACAAGGAGGGGGCCAGCAUGUUCAAGAUGCCCAAGUUCAAGAUGCCGUCCUUCGGCGUGUCAGCCCCCGGCAAGGAUCUGGGCACAUCCGUGGACGUGACUGUGCCCAAGGCCACGGGGGAGGUGAGCCUGCCCUCCGUGGGCGUCGACCUGCGGGCCCCAGAGGGCGGCGUCCAGCUGCCAUCGGCUGAGGUCCAGCUGCCAGGGGCAGAGGUGGAGGUGGCCCUGCCCGAGGGCGACGUGGCCUGGAUGCCCAGCAUCAAGAUGCCCAAGGUGGACAUCAAGGGCCCCCAGGUGGACAUCAAGGGCCCCCAGGUGGACCUCAAGGGGCCCAAGCUCGACGGGAAGACCCCCAAGGGCCUGGUGACCAGCCCCGAGGUGGACGUGGCCCUGCCUUCCGUGCAAGCUAAGGUGAAGACCAGUGACAUCAGCGUGGAGCUGCCCUCCGCCGACAUGGACGUGAAGACGGGUGAGCUGGGCGUGAGGAUGCCCGAGGGCCACCUGCCCAAGGUGCAGAUGCCCAGCGUCAAGAUGCCCAGCAUCAAAAUGCCCAAAGUGGACUUCAAGGGCCCCCAGGUGGACAUCAGGGGCCCCCAGGUGGACAUCAAGGGGCCCAAGAUGGACGUGAAGACCCCCAAGGGCCAGGUGACCGGCCCCGAGGUGGACGUGGCCCUGCCCAGCGUGGAGGUGGACGUGCAGGCACCCGGCGCCAGGCUGGAGGGUGACCUCGGCCUGGGUGACAAGGAGGGGGCCAGCAAGUUCAAGAUGCCCAAGUUCAAGAUGCCGUCCUUCGGCGUGUCGGUGCCCGGCAAGGAUCUGGGCACAUCCGUGGACGUGACUGUGCCCAAGGCCACGGGGGAGGUGAGCCUGCCCUCCGUGGGCGUCGACCUGCGGGCCCCAGAGGGUGGCGUCCAGCUGCCCUCGGCUGAGGUCCCGCUGCCAGGGGCAGAGGUGGAGGUGGCCCUGCCCGAGGGCGACGUGGCCCUGGGCGAGCUCAAGGGCAAAGCAGAUGGCGCCAGGUUCAAGGGCCACCUGCCCAAGAUGCAGAUGCCCAGCAUCAAGAUGCCCAAGGUGGACAUCAAGGGCCCCCAGGUGGACUUCAAGGGGCCCAAGAUGCAUGUGAAGACCCCCAAGGGCCAGGUGACCAGCCCCGAGGUGGACGUGGCCCUGCCCAGCGAGGAGGUGGACGUGCAGGCGCCCGGCGCCAGGCUGGAGGGGGACCUCGGCCUGGGUGACAAGGAGGGGGCCAGCAAGUUCAAGAUGCCCAAGUUCAAGAUGCCGUCCUUCGGCGUGUCAGGCCCCGGCAAGCCCGUGGAGGCUUCGGUGGACGUGGCCCUGCCUUCCGUGCAGGCCGAGGUGAAGACCAGUGACAUCAGCGUGGAGCUGCCCUCCGCCGACGUGGACGUGAAGACGGGUGAGCUGGGCGUGAGGCUGCCCGAGGGCCGCCUGCCCAAGGUGCACAUGCCCAGUAUCAAGAUGCCCAAAGUGGACUUCAAGGGCCCUCAGGUGGACAUCAAGGGGCCCAAGCUGGACAUGAAGACCCCCAAGGGCCAGGUGACCGGCCCCGAGGUGGACAUGGCCCUGCCCAGCGUGGAGGUGGACGUGCAGGCGCCCGGCGCCAGGCUGGAGGGGGACCUCGGCCUGGGUGACAAGGAGGGGGCCAGCAAGUUCAAGAUGCCCAAGUUCAAGAUGCCGUCCUUCGGCGUGUCAGCCUCCGGCAAGAAUCUGGGCACAUCCGUGGUCGUGACGGUGCCCAAGGCCACGGGGGAGGUGAGCCUGCCCUCCGUGGGCGUUGACCUGCGGGCCCCAGAGGGCAGCGUCCAGCUGCCCUCGGCUGAGGUCCAGCUGCCAGGGGCAGAGGUGGAGGUGGCCCUGCCCGAGGGCGAUGUGGCCCUGGGCGAGCUCAAGGGCAAAGCAGAUGGCGCCAGGUUCAAGGGCCACCUGCCCAAGGUGCAUUUUCCCAGCAUCAAGAUGCCCAAGGUGGACUUUAAGGGCCCCCAGGUGGACAUAAAGGGUCCCCAACUGGACGUGAAGGGUCAGAAGGGCUCAGUUCCUGGCCCCCGUGGGGACUGUUCCUCGUCCAGGGUGGAGGUGGACGUGCAGUCUCCAGGGGCCCAGCUGGAGGCAGAGCUGGGCGGGGGUGACCAUGAAGGAAGCAGCAAGUUCAAGUUGCCCGAAGUGUCGGUGCCGUGUUUCCGUCCGUCAUCCAGUAAGACUUUAGUUUCCUGUGACCCUGCCUUCAGCUAUGGUCCUGCAGGUGUGUGCUCUGCCGUCGAGGGCUCUGUUGCAGUGCAUCCCAGUGGUCAUGCUGUUCCGUCCGCUGAGCUGCAGGGACUCUCUGGCCCCAAAUCUGGGGAAAAGAGCAAAGUUAAGAAACCGCAUUUCAAAAUCCCCAAGGUGUUCUCUCCCCCGGGAAAGUCUUCUCCAGGUGUGGUCCUUCUGGCGGCAGCGCCGGGGGCCCCCACAUCUGGCCCUGCCGGAGCUGCCCCUGAGGCGGCCGCUGAGGACUGGUCUGUCGGGGUGUCCGGGGAGCCACCGGUGCCCGGGCGCCACCUGGGCCGGCCCGGCUUCUCUUCAGCCAGCCACGAUAUCGGUGGUCCUGUGACCGAGUCCUCUAUCGCCACGUCUUGUGAGCGCGUCACUCUUACCAAAUACCAGGUGACCGUCCCCGGAGCCCGCGUUUCUGGGGAGCGGCAGGAGGUCACCCGCUCCGAGCCCCAGGGGCAGGCUCGCCUUCUCAGCUCUGCGGUUUGUGCCGACAUCCAGUCCUGGGAGCACGUUCCGCUGUCCCCACUGGACAGCCGCCCAGGCCCCGUGGACGCCCUGACUCUCACGUCGGAUGUCCGGGUGACCUUUCCUAAAUUUCACGGCCCCAAGUUCGGUUUUCCAGGCUCUGCAGCCGCGGUGGCCGACGAGGAGCCGCACCCUGUGGGGCGUGCCCUGUCUCUCCCCAGCCCCGGGCUGGGGCCAGACCCCGAGGAAGCCACUGUGGGCCCGUGGCCGGGCUCCCAGCUGCUGUGCACAAGUGUCUCCCUGUCCCAGGGGAUGCCAGGCAGUGUGGGGACCCCAGCAGUGGCCUCAGGGGCGGGGCCGGCUGAAGACAUUGAUCGCGAGGGGAAAAGCAGCCCCCUAAAAAUGCCCCGUCUCCGCCUCCCAUCCUUCAGACGGUCCCCGAAGAAGGAGGUCGUGCCCAAAGGGGACCCUGGACAGAGCCUGGCUGUGGAGGUGGGCGUGCCCGGUGCCCCCGGGGACGGGACCCCUGAGACCGAUGGCGAGAAGGGGAAGGCGAAAACGCCUGGCUUUGCCGUGCCGAAACCGGCCCUUCCCAAAAUGAGGUCUUCCAGGGGAGGGGACCUGGAGCCCACCUUUGCCGGUCCCGCCGGUCCCGCAGCAGCAGGGGGGGCCCCCUAUGCGGCCCCAGGGGCCAGCAGUGAGGGCCCCCCGGAAAGCGUGGGCUCGGAGGUCCCCCUGCAGCAGGCCCUCCUUCCCGCCGGGCCCGAGCUCAGACCCGGGCCUGCCGCCGGCGGCCUUCCUCCCCCGGCGCCGGACUCGUCUCUCCGAGAGGGCAGCGGAGGCCCCCGGCUGGCAGCCGACCCCACCAGCCUGCCUGUGGGGGAGGCUGCAGCCCCUGCCGAGGGAAGCCAGGGGGGCGACCCGGCAGUGGGCACGGUGCCGGCCAGCUCGCAGGACAGCUGGUUCAGGAUGCCCUCGCUCCGCCUGCCCAGCUUCUGGCGCUCCUCCAAGGAGCGGGGCGCGGCUGGCGGGCCGGGCACUGGGCAGGACGGAGAGGCUCCAGCUGCGGCCACCAGUCCCGGGGUCGGUGCCGCGGGGUCGGGGGUGGCGGCCCCUGUGUCCCCACCACCCCCAGAGGCCGAGGGAGAGGCUCUGAGGGGGAGUCUGGACAGCAGAGGUUUGACGGUGCACCUGCCUCGGGCAGGGACCCCCUCGGAUGAGCCUCCCAGCGCCGAGAGCGCCCGGCUGGGCCCAGGCGAGGGCUCCCGCCCCCCGCAGGCGCGGGCCAGACCUUCGGAAGCACAGCCUCCUCCUGGGGAACUGGGUGGGACUCCCGCGGGGGGCGCAGGCGGGACGGAGCACCGGCCUUCCCCGCCGGAGGGCCCCCUCACCCUGAAGGCUUCGAGGACUGACACACCUGCCCAGGUCUCUGUCGUCGACGUGGGGCAGCUCUGGGCGGACUCCGUGCUCACGGUCAAGUUCCCCGUGCUGAAGGUGCCCAGGUUCACCUUCCGGGCCCCCGGCUCCGAGGGGGACGUCUUCAUCCCGCCCCUGAGCGAGGCCCUGGCCCAGCGUAAGGAUGGCCGGGGAGCCUGUGGGGCCAGCUUCCUGAAGGCGGGCGCUGGGGUCCCCGGGGAGCAGCCCUCGGCCCCUGACCUCCCCUCAGACGCUUCCCCCAUUUCUAAGGUCAGGGUGCACAUUCAAGGCGCCCGGGUGGAGAGCCACGAAGUCACCAUCCGCAGCAGGGUCACCGCCGACUUUGCCGACCUGCAGGGCGCGGAGGCUUUUUCCACCCAGAUCGUGCGGGAAGCAGAGGUCCCCGCCUCCCAGAUCCAGACGCCGGCCUACGGGUUCUCCCUGCUGACGGGGAAGGUCCUGGAGGCGCCCCUGCGGGCGCAGCUGCACCUGGUCUCCCCGGACGCCCCGCCGCCCGACGCCGGGGAGCCGUUCGAAAUCAUCUCGAGCAGCGCCGUCCUCGCGCCCGGACCGCCGGCCUCGGCGUGGGAAGCGCAGCGCCGCCCCCAGCGCGCAGACAGCUGUUCGGACGAGGAGCCCGCGGAGAUCCUCGAAUUCGCCCCUGACGUCGGCCAGGACGAGGACGGGGCUGCGGCAGAGAGGCCCGGGAGCCAGCGGCCCUCAGGCCGGUUCCGGUUCUGGCUUCCAAGCAUCGGGUUCUCUUCCUCCGCGGCCGACGUGCACGUGGAUCCCGCGGAGGACGCGCCCAGCCCCGCGCCACCGGCUCCGGUCCAAACGCAGCCCGCGGCCCGCCCCGGGGCGGGGCCGCCCGAGAAACCGGAGAAGGCCGGCUGGUUCCGAUUCCCCAAGCUCGGGUUCUCCUCCGCCCCCAGCAGGAAGAGAGACAGCGCGGAGGAGGACGAGGCAGGCCCGGCCGGGCCGAAGCUCCAGGAAGAAGCCGUCACGUUUUUCGACGCCCGGGAAAGCUUCUCCGUGGACGAGCCCGAGGGCGCCGGGCCCACACCCGAGUGA